UUGGACACGCUUCAGUGGUUUUUAUCCAUGCUUACAUGCGGGCUUGUCGCGUAGUCGCAAAGACGGUUGAUGACAACCUUUCGUCGAACGACUGUAUACUGCGACUUCAGUCACGUUUCGAUUCUAGAUUUUGUCUUUACUUCCCCUUCCCCCUAUCAAAUAUCUUUGUAUCAUUUGUGAGACUUAAAGUUUUCUGCACAUUUCUUUUCUGCAUAUGGGAUCCAAUGUUGCCACCCUCAAUCGCUUCAUUAAAAUUCAAGUGGUUUUUUUAAGCUCGAUAUGGCAUCUGGAAGGCAAGCUACUCUGCUCUUCAUUUUAUCAGGCGCAGUAUUGUGCUCGUGCCAGUCCCUCGACAUGGAAAAGAAGCUGGUGACAGACCUGCUGGCUGGUUACCAUGACUCCCAGAGACCAGCGCUGGAUAAUAAUGGGCCAACGGUUAUCAACUUUACUAUCAGAUUACAACAGAUUUACGAACUGAACGGUCAGUUGCAAAAAAUGGUGUCAAGUGUAUGGAUCGAACAGGCCUGGUGGGACCACAAACUGCAAUGGGAUCAAUCCAAAUAUGGUGGCAUAAAAGAGGUAGUGCUGCCAGAGAGGGGCGUCAUUUGGGUCCCGGAUGUUGUCCUUCUGAACAAUGCUGAAAAGAGCUCAAUGGGAAAACCUGUAAACGAGGGCAACCCCGUCCUCGUUGAAAGUAAUGGUGUGGUCCGCUGGCUCGCUCCUGUUGUACUGAAAAGCAGGUGUAAGAUGGACGUUCGCAGCUAUCCAUUUGAUGAGCAGUACUGCGGGCUCAAGUUUGCGUCUUGGACGGGCAGUCAGUCGGAAUUACGCUUAGACGCCAUGGAUAAUGAUGUCCGGCAAAAUUACUCUGAAAGUUCGGAGUGGGACCUCCUCCAGACCUAUACACUGCGGUCCUCGGCCAAAGCCACCCACUCCUCCCCUGAGAAAAAAUCCGCCAUCCGUUACGUCAUCCGCAUCAAGCGUCACGUGUUCUACUACAUUGUGUACCUGCUGGCGCCAUGUCUGCUGACGUCACUGCUGGCGAUUCUACUCUUCACCCUACCCCCUGAGAGUGGUGAGCGCAUGGUGGUGGGCGUCACCCUUCUACUGUCACUCACCGUCUUUUUUCUAUUGGCUGCAAAACACAUUCCGCAGACUUCGGAGGCAGUCCCUUUGAUAGGAAAGUAUUAUUCAUUGGUGAUUGCUGAAGUCUCGAGCGGCCUUUUUUUAACGUGCUGGGUGCUAAGAUUCCAUCACUACAACACCUCACUUGGACCGCUGCCCCUCUGGAUAAGGAUUUACGUUCUCGGUCAUAUUGCCAGCAUUAUAUUGUAUUCUGUUCCUGACAAAUACAAGAUCGGCGGACGUGCCGACAGACCGAAAGACUCAGAAAAUGCUAUUGACAGUGGGCAGGAGGGGUCUGACCUUCCCAGGGGCCAUAGCGGGCUUGGCCUUAUGGCCCAGCGAGUACUGAGGAAACAAGAAAACGAUGCUGUGCAAGAGGAAUGGAAACUAGCGGCCCUCGUCGUUAACAGGUUGUUUUUGAUCGUCUAUGUCCUCACGGCCAUAUUUACACUGCUUGGGAUUUGUCUGAACAUUCCUGGACUUCUUGGCCCUCGACAAGCACCUCCCGUGGCGGAUCCCUAAAGGGCCAACAUCACCAAUUGCGCAUGCGUCAGCUUGAGCAUGGAUUCUUUUUAUUUCCUUAUCGCAUUUACCAUAUUAAAAGGUUAUCAUAUAUUUCUUUUAAAGAAUGUCGAUCACCCUCUCCUUUGUUAUUUUUUAUCAUUGAAAAAAAAAAUGAUGUAAAAAUACUACGGUAUUCGCAAGGAACCUUUUAAAUUACAGUCUACUAA